AUGUGGGGGUCCAAGCUCUCAGCUGUGCUAUCUGCGCUCAGCUUGACACAGUCCGCAGCUCCUGCGACCGAGGCUGAACAGGUCACCAUCGAGAGCAAUGUUAAGCAAGUCGCCAUCAUUGGGGCUGGCGCUGGUGGCUCAUCCACAGCAUAUUACCUUCAAAAGUUUGCCGAGGCAGAGGGGGUUCCUGUGAAUAUCACAGUCUUCGAGAAGACCGAUCGUAUCGGCGGCCGUACUUUGACCGUAGAUGCUUAUAGUAACCCGCUGGAGCCUGUUGAGCUAGGCGCCUCUAUCUUCAUAGAAGCCAACCGCAUUAUGUAUAAUGCUAGCCUUAACUUUGGCCUGCCCCUAAAAGAGCCCGAGUCCGGCAGCGAUGGUUUCUUGGGCAUAUGGGAUGGGGAGAAAUUCGUCUUUACUCAGGACGACAACUCCUGGAAUUGGUGGAACCUGGCCAAGCUCUUCUGGAAGUAUGGCACUGCCCCUUACAAGGCGCAGAAGCUCGUCCAGUCGACCGUCGCAACCUUCCUGCAGCUUUACGAAAAGCCUCACUUUCCUUUUCGGUCUCUCACUCAGAGGGCCUUCGAGCUGGACCUCCUGAAGGCAACCUCGGUCACAGGAGAGCAGUUCCUUGCUGACAACGAGAUCAGCGAGCUUUUCGCUCAUGAUAUCAUCCAGGCAGCAACCCGCGUCAACUACGCGUCGAACUUGAAGUACAUCCAUGGCCUUGAGACCAUGGUUUCCCUCGCGCCUGAAGGUGCCAAGCAGGUCAUCGGUGGGAACUGGCAGAUCUUCUCAACCAUGCUCCAAAGAAGCAAUGCGACAGUGCAAAAGAACACAUCGGUGACCGCCAUUGCGCUGAAGUCUCGCCCUUCCAGUCCCAAGUAUCUGCUUUCCACCAAGGGCGCUCAGUCCGAGGCCGAUGCCGAGGCAGAACAAUAUCCGAUCGCCUUCGACAACGUAGUGAUUGCUACUCCGUGGCAAUAUGGCGAUAUCAGCGUCUCAGAGGAUCUCUUCCAACAGAAGAUUGACGAGAUUCCGUACACCAAGCUUCAUGUCACUCUGUUUGCUUCUCCCUUCCGUAUCAACCCAGAGUACUUUGGUCUGAAACCUGGUUCCAAGGCCCCGGAUUCGGUUCUGACGACCCUCAACCCCAAUGACGAAUCGAAGGCCGGAUCUGAGGGCGCUGGGAAAGCGGGCUUCUACUCCAUCAGCACUUUGAGAACCGCCACCAACCCAGACACUCUCAAAGACGAGUUUCUGUACAAGAUUUUCUCACCUGAAAAGGUUACUGCCGAGUUCUUGUCAAAGUUGCUCGGUGUGGAGGUUCCAGAGUCCAUUGUCCCGCCACAGAAGACCGAAGGGGGCAGCUCGCGUACCGUCGACCCCAUUUCUUGGUACCACCCUCAUGUUUUCAACUCCUACCCGAUUGAGUACCCGCGUGUGACUUUCCAGGACCCCAUCCUGCGGGAUGGCAUCUACUAUCUGUCUGGUAUUGAAAGCUUCAUCUCCUGCAUGGAGACCAGUUCGUUGAUGGGGAUGAACAUCGCCAAGUUGAUUGCCGAUGACUUCUCUGAUGCUAAAGAGAAGAUGGAGGAAGGGGAGACUGAUAACGCGCAGGAGGUUAUUGGGCAACCGGAGAAGGAAGCGCCGGUUGCUGAUGAACUGUGA